GAUACAACGCUAAUAAUAAAGCUUUAAUGCGUUAUUCUAACUCAAGCGAUUAUAUGAGCACACGAAUGGAACAGUUAAAUAUGAUUAAAGAAAUUACAACAGUGAAAUAUGACCUUUGAGUUAUUGUGCGUUAUGUAACACUUUAAACAUACUUAAAAAAAAUUGCCCCAACCAGUGAUUAAAACUGUUGCUUUUUCAAACGAGAGCUGUCUGCUUUGUUAGCAGUAACGCUGCUCACCAUUAUUUUCAUGAAAACAUCCUCGAGAAGACGUUAUGAGCUGCUGAAACAGAUUUGAGCAAUUGAACAGUGGCGCGUGCUUCCGUCCUAGAUCAGCUGACACGAGCACGCGGAAGAAGUAAAGCUUCAUUCGGAGCGUAGUUUAAAAGUUUAUUUUGAAAACACAAAGAACACGCUUCAGUCUUAUGAGCUGAAAAACUUUUGUGGUGGUACUCGUUUGAUGCUUCUUUCCUUCUGAACUGUCAUUUGACUACAAUGGCAUACAACGAGUCAAUGGUUGUAGUGAAUGGAAGUCAGGUGUCCUGCAUUGGGCAUGAUUGGGAAGACAUUCCAGAUUUUCUUGGGGCAAAAUAUGGAGAAGUGGCAAGAAGAUUAGAUCUCAGCUUCAACCAACUGAGGUCACUGACAGGCCUGAAAGCGUUCAGCCAACUGGAAGAGCUGAUUGUGGACAACAAUCUUCUCGGAAAUGACCUCCAGUUGCCCAGGUUACCACGGCUCCAUACCCUGACGCUCAAUAAGAACCAAUUCACCGACAUCGAGGCCCUGUUGGAGCAUUUGGCGGAAGUGACGCCAGCGCUGGAAUACCUGAGCCUUCUGGGAAAUGAGGCCUGUCCCAACCAACUGGUCAGCAUGGAUAAAGAUGAAGACGACUAUCAGAGAUACAGGUACUUUGUGCUGCAUAAGCUGACAAAGCUGAAGUUCCUGGACACCAGGAGAGUGACCCAGUGGGAGCGGUCAGAGGCCGAAGCACGUGGAGCUUUCAUGAAGGUGGUCAAGCCGAAAAAUGACCAAGACACAGCCAGUGUUGUGAGAUCUGAAUCCACCACUACGCCAUACACCCCGCUGCCACGAGGAUCCAAAGACUCCCGGAACCACAAAGGGGUUUUCACCAAGUGCCGUUAUGUCUACUACGGCAAGCACUCAGAGGGCAAUCGAUUCAUCCGCAAUGACCAGCUCUGACUGACAGACGGGUCAGUGGAUACACACACGAGGGGGCUUUACAAAGAUAUCCUGCGCAUAUUAUUAUAAAUAUACAUGUUGCCACACGCAUUUUAAGCAGCCAAACACAGCCCUCUAGUGCCGUCUGCUGAGUGUGCCUUCCCUGCCACCUCCCAUCGCUCUCGCUCCGUCUGAGCAGUGCCAUCCAGAUUGACAUGAUUGCCUUUAAGCAGCCCCGCUAUGCCGCGGUGACAGACACACACGCGGCCGAGUGCUCGUCCUGACAGCCGCGGCUCCAUGAUGGAUUGCCUGGUCCAACUGCUGCUCUCCCCAGGUCAAAGGUCCCACCUGAGGCUUCGGGCGGCCCACACGGAAGCCCAGGAUGAGCGCCUCUCAAAGUCAAAGCUAAAGUUAAAGAGAAAGAUCAGGGGAAAGUGUUGCUUUUACUCUAUAGCCGUCAUUAAAAGUAAAGCUUAUUACAUGGUUUUGUAACCAUGUAAUUUUCUGUACAUUACUGUAGGCGGAAUGUCAGUUCAAAUCAUUGAAGGGUUUUGUUUUCUCCAAAUAGUAAAAAAAAAAGCGAAGUUAAAAAGGAUAAUAAAUGUAAACAAAUUUAAUUUAGUGUUUGUUUAAAUUUAUUAGCCUUUUUUCAGCUUUAAAUAUAAAAGGCAUGUCAGGCAAGUGCUCACCAUCAAUUGGCAUGUUUUUUUGUUUUUUUUUCGUUUUAUUUUUUUUUUAAUAUACAGAGAAAUGUUAUUUUAAAAUUAUUAGCUGUUUUUUAAACACACCUUUAAUUUAUGCCUUUAGUCUUAUAUUUAAUCUAUGUAAUUGUGUUUUAAUGAUCCAAAGCUUUAUUGAAUGUUUGAAGUCCUUUCAGAAAUGCAGCUGCGAGGCCCUCACAGGCUCUUGACUCUGUGGCAUGUGUAUGUUUGCGUGUUUGUGAGGUGCAUGUGCAUGUCGUGUGUGAAGUUUGUGUGUUGCGGGGGCAGUUGUUGCAGUGCCGGAGCCUGGAGGAGCUGUGAAAGAAAGAGGUAAUGAGCUUUGCUUUAUUUCAUUCUUUCUCUGGAGGGAGAGAGCAAAGAAAGACAGCAGCUCUGGCAGUGAAAUUGGAGGAGGUGGAUGUAUGUACACUGUGUGAGAGAGGAGUCAACAACUUUCUCCAGUCUUUUUGAUUGUUUCCUCAUAUGCUUUUUGGACCUAUUCACGUUAUUUUAAUGAUUUCUUUUCUUUGUACGUUUUGAAAAAUCAAUUAAAAAAAAUCCAUAAUGGCCUUUGCUGUGCUUUGGAAACAGAGUUUACAAACAGUGGCCAAAAAGUUUGGCAAAUAUUUGAACCAUCAACUCCAUUAGGUACAGUGAGGGUGAUGAAUGUUUUAUGUGCAUCCAAUUUAUUUCGCCUCUUGUGUUGUUGUUUUUUUUUUUUUAACAAUAUUACAUUCCACAUUUAAAGUUGAGCUUAUGCACUGAAGUCUGCAUAAGACUAGCCAAAGAUCCACUGCAAACAAAUAAGUUUGUAUUUUAAACAAGAAAUGCAAAUGAUUUCAAUUUGUUUUUUGAUGAACUGGGAUUUGAGAUUAGUUUGAUUGUUGUAUGAAUCUUCUUUUUAUAUGUGUAGUUGACAUGACAUGUAAAAGUGUCCUUCAGAGUGAUAUGCUAUACUCCAUAUACUAAAACUGUUGUAGACACGGUGUGAGUUUUCAGUCGUAUUUCGACUCUUCGUUAUUGCUUCAAUGCAAAGGAAACCAGCGUGCCAAACGCACCGUUAUUUGUCGGGCAUGUUCAAGAGUUCAGUAUUUGUGUUAAAUCUGCGCCGAUUUGGCUUAAAUGAGCUUGCCCAAGAAAUUGAGUGAACAUAAUUUACAAAAAAUAACCCACCAAAUUGGCUAGUGAUUUGACAGUAUUAUCCGCCACAGUUGAAUUUUACCCGGUUGGCGGGUGUUAA